CUCUGAGCAACUCCCCCUUCCCUUUUCCUUCUCUCCUUCCAGUGCUGCAGCCCACCCUGCUCUGAGCUUUAAUGGUACAUGCCAUUAGAAAGCCAUUCUCUGGAAGGGAGGAGGGGAGGGUGGUCUCAAUCUCAGCUAAGAGGCUACUUUAGUCCCCCAACAUAAGCACAUUCACAGAUGUCUCUGCACGCGUAGAGCCGCGUCUCACCCGUCACGACAGAGCCGCCUGCUUCUCUGUGAAGCAACGAGCCGCGGACAAGGAGAAACAGAGAGGGGACAGAUAACCACAAAGAGAGGUGGACAGGAGACGAGAGGGAAGCAGAACAAGAGACAGAAGAGGUGAACACAUCGCUGCCACUCUGACGCCUCCUCUCGUGCGCCUGUUUUCGGCUUGUGCGAGCGCAAGAAGAGGAGAGAGGGAAGGGAGGAGAAUAAAACCUCGGAGCUUGUGUACUCUGUUUGCUUUAUAUUUCCGUCCUUUUCUUUUUUUUUUUAAUCUCCAUCAUCCAAGGCAUGAAGGCGGGUGUCAGCUGGCACGGCAGUAUAAAAGAAAGGGAUGCUUUGAAUGCUGCCUCUCUUUCGACAAGGGGCAAGGAAGAGGAAGUGGGGGACAACACAGAGCGGGGACAAAAACAGGAUUUCUAGAAUGAAUGGGAGUCCUUCUGCCGCAUGCGCUGGGAAUAGCAGUCUCACACUGAAGUCUCUGAAUGAGGGGCCAGGCCUGAGGGCGUGAAACUGUUGGGAGAGUUUGGAUGUCACCGCUGACACAGCUUCCAUUGCAUUGGACCACCUUCAACGGCACGCAUCUCUACUCUCCAGACGGCACCAAUUAAGGCAGCCUUGAGAGAAAGAGUUGUGACAGUAUCCAACGACACAGACGCAAGAAGGGAAAGGAGUACACUGGAGGAGGGGCCUCCGCUUGCUGCAAACAGGCAGAAGACUGCUUGUCUGGACUCAGUGUUGCCUGUCUGCGUGAGUAGACACGGCAGAAGAAGAGGAAAUGUUGGCUGAAGUGUCAUGGAGGAUGUCACUACUACGUAGCUCGUCCAGUAUGCAGUGUGGUCUUCCCAGCUGCGCAUCACCAGUGGUGCCAUGAUCCAGUUAUAACUGUGGGUAAUGCCGAGCCAAAUAACCAAUCCUGGAGAUGCCGAAGAGAAGAGAUAUUCUUGCCAUCGUUUUGAUCGUGUUACCCUGGACUCUGCUCAUCACUGUUUGGCACCAAAGUGCUAUAGCUCCACUCCUCGCCAUCCGCAAGGCCUGUCACCACCUAGUAAAAGAGAUCUUUAUCAUUCCAGAGAGGCUUGCAGUCCGCCACCACCGGCUCUCAGAUGAUGGCGUUGAGGGCAGGAGGGAGGCAGGUGGCCAGGCGCAGGACUCCAAGGAAUACUGUGCCUCAGAUAAGGACAUUGUGGAGGUGGUGAGGACAGAGUACGUGUAUACACGGCCUCCACCAUGGUCCGACGUGCUGCCUACCAUCCACAUCAUCACCCCCACAUAUAGUCGACCUGUGCAGAAGGCGGAGCUUACAAGGCUGGCAAACACCUUCCUCCAUGUUCCAAACCUGCACUGGAUCCUGGUGGAGGACUCCCAAAGGAGAACGCCUCUUGUGACGCGGCUCCUCCGAGAAACAGGGCUUAACUACACCCACCUCAAUGUAGAGACGCCCAGGAACUAUAAGCUGAGGGGUGACACUCGGGACCCCAGAAUCCCCAGGGGGACCAUGCAGAGGAAUCUGGCCCUGCGGUGGCUAAGGGAGACCUUCAACGCCAACAGCAGCCAAGCUGGAAUAGUCUACUUUGCGGACGACGACAACACAUAUAGCCUGGAGCUGUUUGAGGAGAUGAGAUCAACUCGAAGAGUUUCAGUGUGGCCUGUGGCCUUUGUGGGCGGCUUACGUUAUGAGUCCCCCAAAGUCAAUGCAGCUGGAAAGGUCUAUGGCUGGAAGACUGUGUUCGACCCCCAUCGGCCCUUUGCUAUCGACAUGGCUGGCUUUGCCAUCAACCUGAGGCUCAUCCUCUUCAAGCCACAGGCGUAUUUUAAGCUUCGAGGGGUGAAGGGAGGAUACCAGGAGAGUAGUUUGCUCCGGGAACUUGUCACACUCAAUGACCUGGAGCCUAAAGCAGCCAAUUGCACUAAGAUACUUGUUUGGCACACGAGAACGGAGAAACCUGUCCUUGUAAACGAGGGGAAAAAAGGCUUCACAGACCCCAAUGUGGAGAUUUGACCAUUUCCCCCCAGACUACGGUGGUUGGCCUUGGACCUGUGCAGGAAGAAAACGGCUCUUGAUAAGUGCAACCAGCGCUCAUGUCUUAAUAAUCAGGAAAAAAGGAAAUGGGGGCCUUUUUGAAGGGGGAUUUAAUCCUCUUGACUGAAUCUGACAUUUUUAAAAUAUGGAUUGAAGCAGUACAAAUGUAUCAUAUUAAAGCACAGAUUAGUAAGAGGCGGCAGUUAUUUGGCAGGUCUACGACUGAAGUGCAGAGGAGACGACAUAAAGGACAUCUCACGGGGUCAGUGACCUGCACCUUCGAGGUACAACGGCCUGCUGAGGACAACCUAACAAAAGAGACAGCACAAUAUGAAAAGCAUACAGCCAGCGGAUUCAACCAAACAAGCAGAUUAAAUAAUAUCCUUCACCUCAAAAAAGAAGGGACUAAGGGGGGAAAAGAACACACAUUGUCUGGAUCUGCACAUGGUACAAGAAAUUCCUCUUGGAUUUAAGGACACGACCUGCAUCAUCAGCCUGAAUAAAAACACGACUCCAAGGACAGAUAUGUCUCAUGUGGAUUUUCCUUUGAGCAAACACAAACAUGGCAAGGGAAGGAAUGUUCUUUUGAUAACUAUGAAAUGUUUGCUUUAAUUUAAUUGCUUUGGGCGUUUUCCAAGAGCUUGACUUGCUAGAUCACUACUGACUCUUAUCUACAUUCAUUGUUCAUUUUAUAGUGUCAUUAUAACCACCCGCAUUUAAGCCACCCGUACACUUGAGGAGAGACUGCUGUUUGAAAUGUACCCCUUCUUGUGCUUGGGAGCUGAAAUGUAAAUGUCAACAUCAAAAUCUUAACACUCUUCUUAGCACUUAGAAAAUACACAAAUGAUGUUCCUUUGUGGCAACAUGUGUAAAUAGUAAUUCAAAAUGAGAACAAUCCGAGGAUUAAUGACACAUUUUGACAAAAGCACUGUAAUUACUGUAUUUAUAUGUAAAAACAAAAACUCUCUUCUCUUUUCCCCCUGGUGAAUUCCUCACAAUGACACAGAACAAGGCACAGGCUCACUAUAGGUUCAACACAUGGAAAUAGUAAUAGCACAUUACCAAUUUCAUUUGAUAAUACAAACUCCACUUUGUGACACAUUCAUAAUGCAUAGACAAGUUCAAAUCAGCUACAUGAUAAAUUCACAAAUUCUGAACUAAUUGCCAUGUAAGCUUUCAUAAAGUGUCAUUUUUGACAUUGCAGGGAAACUGUCAUUUUAGUGAGUUCACAUUUCCCGUUGUCUGCGCACGCUCAUAUGUACAUGAGCCACUGCUUAACAAGGGUCAGCUGUGUGCAAGUACACAAAAGAGCAGAAUGAAACAGCGUAAAAGCCUAAGGAUUUGGUUUUACUAGACUUGCCAGUCCCCCUUGCCAAUUCUCCAAAAACAUAAAUUUAGAUGCUCAGGCUGCAUCUGCUGACUUUUAAUACAACUCACCUUUGAACAGCUGGUGUAAGUUAUGAAUAAUAGAUUAAAAUAUCUUAUACAUGACCCCAAAUAUUUUGUUUUUUUAUAACCAACAUUGGCUUCCACUAAAAUGAGAUAAUACAUGCUACUCUGAAAUAACAGCAGGCUGAAGAAAAGCACAACAAAAAUAAAUUUUGUUUUUGCUACUGGUUUGGUAGCAACGUUGACAUGCCAUCUCCAGUAAUGUGGACUGAUGUUUGUAUCUCAAGGGGGUUUUUGUAUUAGUGUCCAUCUGUUGUGCAUUAACC